UGGAGGUUCGGCUUUGCAAAGGUCGAAAGGGGGCGCUGCAGAGUCCCUUCGGCUGGGAGACGGGCGGACCUUGGAGGAGGCGGCGGCGAAGAGAGACCGGUGGGCAGCUGGCCGGUCGUUCCCCGUUGACUGGGAGGGAGCUGGCCGGGCGGCGAUGUCCGAUCUGAGCUGCUGGGAAACUCUGGCGGGCACCCUCUUCCGGCGCGCCGAGAGCUGUCGAAGCAGCAACAGGAAGAGCCUAGUGGUUGGGACUCCUUCACCUACCCUUUCUCGUCCUUUGUCCCCCCUCUCCGUGCCAACAGCCAGUAGCAGUCCAGUUGAUAGUCCUCGCAACUUCUCCACUGGUGCCUCUGCCAGCUUUCCAUUUGCUCGCAGCCAUGUUCCUCGAACUGACAGGGCUGAUGGCCGAAGGUGGUCACUGGCUUCAUUGCCCUCAUCCGGCUAUGGGACUAACACCCCCAGCUCUACUGUUUCGUCAUCAUCUUCCUCCUCUCAGGAGCGUCUCCACCAACUGCCCUACCAACCUACGCCUGAUGAACUGCACUUCCUUUCAAAGCACUUCCGGAGCACUGAGAGCGUUCCAGGAGAAGAUGGGCGCCACUCACCAUAUUUUCGUCCUCGGUCCCGCAGCUUGAGCCCUGGGCGGACAAGUGGGACCUUUGACAAUGAGGUUGUAAUGAUGAAUCAUGUAUACAAGGAAAGAUUCCCAAAGGCCACUGCCCAGAUGGAAGAGCGCCUGGCAGAGACCAUUGCCACUUUCUCACCCAGCAGCAUUCUGCCUUUGGCUGAUGGUGUUCUGGGAUUCAUCCACCACCAGAUCAUUGAACUGGCCCGUGACUGUCUCAACAAGUCCCAAGGGGCUCUCAUUACCUCCCGCUAUUUCAUUGAACUGCAGGAGAAGCUGGAGAAAAUGCUAAGAGACGCUCAGGAGCGCUCUGAGAGUGAGGAGCUGCACUUCAUUGAACAGCUGGUCCGCAAAUUACUGAUCAUCAUUUCCCGGCCAGCUCGGCUGCUGGAGUGCUUGGAGUUUGACCCUGAGGAGUUCUAUCACCUCCUGGAGGCCGCUGAAGGUCACGCAAAGGUGGGACAAGGAAUCAAAACAGACAUUCCACGUUACAUCAUCAGUCAGCUGGGACUUGCCAAAGACCCUCUGGAGGAAAUUGUUCAGUUUGAUCAAGUUGACUGCCCUUCCCCUGCAGGAUCAGAGCAGCAAGAUGACCUUCCUGAGAACCAGUCCUCUGCCCCCAUUUCUCGGAGGAAGCCUUGUGAAAGUGAUUUUGAAACUAUCAAGUUGAUCAGCAAUGGUGCUUACGGGGCUGUGUAUCUGGUACGGCACAAGGAGACCCGCCAACGGUUUGCCAUCAAAAAGAUUAACAAGCAGAACCUAGUGCUGCGGAACCAGAUCCAACAGGUCUUUGUGGAGCGCGAUAUCCUGACUUUUGCUGAGAACCCUUUUGUGGUCAGCAUGUUCUGCUCCUUCGAAACCAGAUGCCACCUCUGCAUGGUCAUGGAGUAUGUGGAAGGUGGGGACUGUGCCACUCUGCUGAAGAACAUGGGUCCUCUGCCUGUGGACAUGGCCCGGAUGUAUUUCGCUGAGACAGUCCUGGCCCUUGAGUACCUCCACAACUACGGCAUUGUUCACCGGGAUCUCAAACCAGACAACUUGCUCAUCACAUCCAUGGGCCACAUCAAGCUGACCGACUUUGGCCUGUCCAAGAUUGGCUUGAUGAACAUGACCACAAACCUCUAUGAGGGCCACAUUGAGAAGGACACACGAGAGUUUGUAGAUAAGCAGGUCUGUGGUACGCCUGAGUAUAUUGCUCCAGAAGUAAUCCUGAUCCAAGGCUAUGGCAAGCCAGUGGACUGGUGGGCCAUGGGCAUCAUUCUCUACGAGUUCCUGGUAGGCUGCGUCCCAUUCUUUGGUGACACCCCAGAGGAACUCUUUGGGCAGGUGAUCAGUGAUGAAAUCAUUUGGCCUGAAGGGGAUGAAGCUCUUCCUACUGACGCCCAAGAUUUGAUCACGCAGCUCCUGCGUCACUGCCCUCUGGAGCGGCUGGGCACAGGAGGCGCUCACGAGGUGAAGCACCAUGCCUUCUUCCGCCACCUGGAUUGGAAUGGGCUGUUGCGGCAGAAAGCUGAGUUCAUCCCCCAGCUGGAGGCCGAAGAUGACACCAGUUACUUUGACACUCGCUCAGAGCGCUACCGGCACUUGGGCUCCGAUGAUGAGAAGACCAACGACGAGGACUUGUGUGUGGAGAUUCGCCAGUUUUCUUCCUGUUCCCAUCGUUUCAGCAAGGUUUACAGCAGCUGUGAAUAUCUGGCCACCCCCUCCGCCCUCAACUGCACAUCAUCUGAGCAGGGCCAUGGUGAAGACAGGGCAGAGCGGGGAGGUCACAGCUCGGGAGAUGAGGAGAAGAGCCGGCUAACUAAGACUGAGACCAGGCUUCGUGCCUGGACUUCCUGUGGCUCCACCGUCCACUCCUUCCGUCAAGAAUUCAGCCGCAGCCCUGCCAUCCUGAGCAGCACCUGUAGCCUUGAGGCCAUGCCCAGGUUUGCCUUCUCCUCCGAAGAUGAGAGUCCCUGCCGGGGGGCUGCCAAAAAGGAGCGCCCAGUGUUUAUUGUUGGGGAUCCUGAGGUGGCCACACCCAGAGCACCCAGCAAGGGCUCAGCACUGGCGGCUGACUUGGCCAGCUUGAACCGUGUCCGUCUCAGGAGCAACAGCACAGGUACUAAGAGCUCUACCUCACGAGGUUUGGACCGCGAGAGCAGUUAUCGAGGGGGGCCCCACAAGGAUGCUCCAGGGAAGCAGCCAGUGUCUUCCAGUAGCAGAGUGCCAAAGUCAGCUUCAGUUUCUGCACUGUCACUUAUCAUCAACUCAGAUGACUUUAAUGGGGCUGUUCUCAGGAGCCCCAUCUCACCCCGCUCCCUCUCUUCCAAUCCUUCAUCUCGUGAUUCCUCCCCAAGUCGGGACUCCAUGCUUGGGGGCACCAGUCUGCGACCUCCCAUCGUCAUCCACAGCUCAGGGAAGAAGUAUGGCUUCACACUGAGGGCCAUCCGUGUCUACAUGGGCGACAGUGAUGUUUACGCUGUGCACCACAUGGUUUGGAGUGUAGAGGAUGGAAGCCCAGCUCAUGAUGCAGGACUCCGAGCGGGAGAUCUCAUCACUCAUGUGAAUGGGGAGUCAGUCCUGGGGUUGGUUCACAUGGAUGUCGUAGAGCUGUUGCUGAAGAGUGGAAACAAGGUAUCGCUGAGGACAACCGCCCUAGAGAACACUAGCAUCAGAGUUGGCCCUGCCCGCAAGAAUAGUUCCAAGACACGGAUGGCCCGUCGGUGUAAGAAGAGUCGCAAACGGGACAGUCAGGACAGAAGGAAAUCCCUGUUCAAGAAGAUCUCAAAGCAAACAUCCGUCCUGCACACCAGCCGCAGCUUUUCCUCUGGGCUCCAUCAUUCUCUCUCAUCCAGCGAGAGCCUUCCUGGAUCCCCAACACACAGCCCAUCCCCUGGACCCACUGCUUCUUGCCGCAGCCCUGCCCCGGACUUCGUGCCAGAUUCUGUCUCACCCCAGAGUCCCUCCCCAUCCUCCAGCACCCCCACUUCUCCAGCAGGACAGAUCCGACCAAGUUCCCUACACGGCUUGGUACCAAAGAUCAACAGUCAUCGCUACAAGGUUGGGCGCCGCAAGUCAACCAGCAGCAUCCCACCCUCCCCCUUGGCCUGCACUCCUUCCUCUGUCCCCCAGCCUCCAUCUCCCCAAAGGUCCCCUUCACCACUUCCAUUGUUUACAAAAAAUGUCCAGACAUUCCAAGGCAAGACCUUGUCUCCACCUACAAUUGUCCGUCAAGCAUCCCGGCCUCGCAGUGCAGACAGCUCCCGUUCCCCACUUCUCAAACGAGUCCAGUCAACAGAGAAAAUCCCUACCUGCCUUGCUGAAAAGGUGGUUGGCAGCCGAAAGCUCAUGCUGGAGAUGCCCAUCUUGGGAAGUGAAGGUGCCAGGGAUAGCAACAUGGUCACCUUGGGAGAUGCUGGUAUUUCUCGACUCCGGGACUGGUCUGAGGAACGUCAUGAUCGAGACCACGAAGUGGUGGUUAUGCGGCGGCUGAACUUGUCCGAGCGUCGGGACUCUUUCAAGAAGCAGGAAGCAGUUCAGGAGGUGAGCUUUGAUGAGCCAGAACUUACCUCCAGUGGUGAGGGCCAAGCAGAGAGUAAACCUGUAGGCUGGCGGCAUGGAUCUCAUGCAGCUUCCUGGGUGGAGAACAGGUCUUGCUGCCCAUCUACCCCUGAUCCCCAGCUGCCCCUCGUGCCCCACAUUGCAGUGCAAGGUGAUGAGCCAGCAGGAAUCACAGCAGCAUGGGAAUGCCAGGGAUCAUAUCCUGUCCAGCUGGAGGCCCGGGUCUACACUGAACAAGAUGAUGGGACAAUGGCUGUUGAAUACAAGAGUGUCUCCUCCCAGCACUGGGGAAACUGGGAACAGAGGGAGUCUUCACCCACUCUUGGAGUCACACACAGGACAACCCAUGGGGAGAAGGCAGCAAACGCCCCCUCCCCCUCCCCAAGAUGGCAAUUACAGGAGAAUUUGGAGAAAUGACUGGAAGACCUGUGAAAACCACUUUGUCCCUGGCAGACCAAAAGGGGGACCUUGAAAGAAAGUAAGCCAAUGCCAAGGACUGAGAACUUUGGGAUUCCAUCUUUAUUCUGCUGGUGGGGUCUUUUCUAGCUAUUUACCACUUCUUCCUCCUCCUCCCUGGGAAGCACCCUCUGUUUCUCCUCACAGGUUGGUGGUCAUUCAGGCUGGAGAUUAAGGAAAUGCUGCUUUUCUACUAAUUAGAAAGAAGUUUCCAUUUCAGUCAGAUUUGGGGCUACCAGAUUUGGCACUGAAGUUCCAUUUGGUGCCCUAAGCCCAAGCAUUAAACUUUCCCAUCUGUGCACUGGGUAUCUCCUGGAGUGAGGAUACCCCCAAAUUCAUAAUCUUUCCCACUGGCCCCUUGGCUACUGCCAACUGUGAGAAAAGGCAAUAAAUAGCAAAGGAUAUGAAAUAUCUUUGCUGCCCUAUGUAAGCAUCUAGGGGCGGAAUUUGUUCAUCUAGGGAGUCCCUUCUCUUGCAUUGAAACUGAUAAAAGGAGGAAUUGUAGCAAUGGUAGGAAAACUACGAAUCCCAACCCUAUUAAAUCUGUAAACAUUG